AUGGUUCUGGUGCACAACCUUUGGGGAGGCCUACUUUACAUCAUAGCGCCUCCAAAAACUCAAGUGAUGGGAGCUGAAGUCAUUGUUCAAGUCGGUGUUCCUGUGCCAUAUUACAAAUCAGGGGAAACUUCUCUGUCUGAUUGGUCACGUCUGCGCACGGCCCUGUCUCCCUGGGCAGAGCUGGAGUUUGAGAACAUCAUUCUGACGGUGCCUUCAGAGGUGAUCCGGACUCUGGAGCGUCCUGACGAGCUGGCCGCGCUCUGGGACAAGAUGUUGAGGGCCAUUGCAGACUUGGCUGCAAUCCCACACAAGUUUAAACGGAAAGAGAGAUUUGUCUGUGAAGUGCAGAUCUCACAUGGCUGGAUGCAUGCAGGUUAUCCCAUCAUGGCACACACAGACGACGCUGCAGAGAUUGUCAGUGUUAAACAUGCAACCACCCAAGGUCUGUGGGGACCAAUACAUGAGCUGGGACACAACCAACAGAGAGAAUGCUGGGAGUUCCACCCUCACACCACAGAGGCCACAUGCAACCUGUGGUCUGUUUACGUGCACGAGACAGUGUUAAAUCUCCCCUGCGAGAAGGUUCACUAUGAGAUGCAAGCAGGAAGACGGAAAAGUUGUGCAGAAAACUAUGCAAAAAAUGGAAGCAAGUUGAGCGAGUGGGAUUUGUGGACUGCCCUGGAGACAUACAUGCAGCUGCAGGACAAAUUUGGCUGGGAUGCUCAUAAGAAGGUGUUCGCUGCUUACCACACCAUGAGUGGCUUUCCCGGAGACAGAGACGGGAAGAUGAACCUUUACGCUGUGACCUUCUCCGAGAUCGUGGGGAUGGACUUGAGCAGGUUUUUCAAAGCCUGGGGGUGGCCUAUAGAGGGCGACACUGAGAAGAAACUGUCCAACCUGCCUGCCUGGAACGACCACCCUAUGGCCCAAUACAACUGA